UUGUGCUUUUAUUUUGAAAAAUCGCUGCUGGUAUUUUAAGGCAAUCUGCUUUUGUCACUGAGAUUCAUGUAAUUUUCUUCGCAAUUUAAGGCAAGUCCACAUUUAACUGUUAAACUACCAACUAGCUGUCAAACAUAUCACUGUUUUUAUUUCUUUAAAUGAAACGUUAUAUCUUUUGUUAAGUUUAAAGUUUUACAAAAUAGCGGAGAUAACCCGUGUUAUGGCCAGACCGAGGCUGUAAACCAGCAGUAAAUACAGCCAGCUUGACAGAGGAAGACCUCGACAUGGCUGGAGGAUAAACUGUCAACCACGCACGCAAGCAGACGCUUGCACUUGCGUCGGCUUCAUGUGCUCGGCUGGGGUCGGUGUUAACGAACCGUAAUCUGGCUAACAAGCUAGCGGCGGUUACCGGUUGAGGCCAUGGCGAGGUCUGUCGACUGUUUGUCGGUCACUGGGCUUUUUAUUAGCAGCUAGCUCAGCCCCGCUCGGCCGUUAACGCUCUGUAGGACCACCGGGGACGGCGCGCGACCUUGGGGACGUUGUCAUGGAUUUGACGCGGUUGGCGGUGGAUGCCGGGCAGUUCAUCAACCGGGCUGUUCAGUUCACGGGGGAGAGUAUUGGCCAGGCGGACAAGACAGAGUUGGACCCCGGUCUGGAGGAGCUCCUGGCCCUGGCAGACGCCACCAAGACUUACACGGACAAGAUAAUCUCCCAGACUGAGGUUUUACUGCAGCCUAACCCCGGAGCGCGGUUAGAGGACCGGCUGUAUGAGCAUCUGGAUUGGAACGCCCCACCCCGGCCUCGUGCCCUUGAGGAUCUAGGAAAUCAAAUGACCCAGGCUGGGCUAGAGAUUGGGUCCAACACACCCUAUGGAACUGCACUGCUAAGAUGUGGAGAAGUUCAGAGGCAGCUUGGUGAGACAGAGAGAAAGUUUGUCCAAAGCACGAACAUCCACUUUCUCACCCCUCUGAGGAGUUUCACUGAGGGGGAAUACAGAGCCAUACAGGACGAGCGCCGGAUGUUGCUGAAUAAGCGUUUGGACUUAGACAUAGCUAAAACUAGGCUGAAGAAAGCCCACGAGGCUGACCGAGAGAACAGAAACCUGAAUGCAAACCCACUGGAUGAUGACUACAUGUCCCAUGUCUCCUACAUGUUCAGCUUCCUUCGUGUUAAAUGGCUAAAGAUAUGGGCUCAGGAAAUCUCUCAGGCAGAGAUGGAACUAAGAAUCUGUCAAAGUCUGUUCGACCGGCAGUCAGAAAUUACAAGACGGGUUCUGGAAGGAAUCAGGAACACACACACCAACCACAUGCGGAGCCUGACUGACUUUGUGGAGGCUCAGGCCUCUUACUUUGACCAGUGCAACCAACAUGCGCAAGAGCUUCAGAAACAGCUGGCAAGCGUUCCAGCAGUCCUCUGCUCCAAUAACUGGCAGUCAGCAAUUAGUAAUCAGCCAUCAACAAGCAACCACGUGGCCAGUGAGCCCGUUGGAUUACAUCAGGUCACUCCAAUUCCUGUAGUUGUCCAUCAACUUCCAGACUUCGACCAGGACUCAUGGACUCCAAAUCCACCACCCGGAACUGAAAAAAUCUCAUCAGAUUCCUCUGUAACCUCACAGCCUGUGGACCAGACAAAUAACAACAAUAACAACAACGUCUGCUCAAGUGACAGCCAAGAAAUCCGGUACCGUUCAGCAUUUGAUGAUGUCCGUAUGUCAAAUUCCGACAGUCACCCGACAGAUCAGCACUCAGCACCCACCAGGAUGGUCAGCGCACACGUGACACCUAACGGAACAACUGCUGAGUCUUCAGCUUCAAGCCAGACAGCGACAUUUAGCGCGACAGCUGCAAUGACUAAUGGUGCAGGUAGUGCAAUGACAACAACAUCCUCUCAACCUUCACAACUCAGUGAAGCUGUGAACGAGUCUCAGACAGCAAAUGCGGUGGCAAAUGGGACCAUGACAACCAGUGCCGUGGCUGAUGAGCCCCAAACUACCAAUGAAACGGCUAGUCAGCAGCCGACCGCUAAUGGAGACGAUGUCCGGGAGUCAUCAUCAGCCAUUCAGGAUGUGGUUCAGUAGAGACUAAUAUCUGGUGGGCGAUGUGAUGCGAGGCCAAAGCGUAUCAGCUGAGGCUGGGUUAGAUGGAGCUUCAGAUGAAUUAGACCAGUGGUAAUUAACAUCAUACAGCUGAGAAUACAGACUGUAUUAGAGAGGUGCAGAUAUACAAUCAUUAUACUGUGGUACAGUGAAAAAAAUAAAUACACAUCUAAUUAAUCCCAUAGGAAAGAUAAUAUGAAGCCAUUGUAUAAGUGCUUAUUUUUCUAAACGUGAUAUAGUGCCACAAUAAUUUCAGCCUUUAGGGUUUUUCAUAUAUUAUUAAUGUUGUGUGAAAACGAUGACUGUUGAGUAUCAAUCCUGUCUUGUGGCAGUAGAUGUAAUGUUUCCUGACAGUUACAUCUGCAGCACGCAACUGUGAAAUGUUGACUUAUAUCAAUAUCUGUGAAAUUAGAGCUUUAUUUUUACAUUUAGUAAUAUGAG